AUGGAAGGACACCGCCAGGCGAACCAGUCAAGAACCGAAUUGUCGAACGACUUUAAAAACUUGGAAGACACAGUCGCGGAUAAGACGACUCAGUCACGCGAAGCUUCUCAAAGACUUGUCGAGCUUGAAACAAUGCGCCAGGUGGCAGAUCGCACUCAUCGUGAAGAGAUUGAGAAGCUUAAACUCGAACACACGCAACAAAACCGAACCUUGGAGGAAAACAACAAUGCGCUGCACUCCAAACUAACAGAUAUGCAGAACGAGAUCUCUAAUAUGCAGCAACGAACUCAAUCCGCGCUGAAGCGAUUUGAACUUGGCCAGAUUGAAAAUUCUACACUUCAGUGCUGUGAUAUUCAUCACUGUCAGGAAACCAUCACACGCACUUCGGCAUCGUUUAUCGAAUUGGAAGCGGAACUGACAACCUUGAAAGCUACUGGCGAGCUCACGGAUAAAAAACUUAUUGAACGUCAGCAUCGCAUCGAUGAACUGAAGAAAGAAAACCAUGAUACCAUUGCUGUUACCAAAGAGCUCGAAACGCAGUUACUGGGAGGAGAAAAAACACGAAGAAGUUUGCACAAUGCUAUACAAGAACUUAAAGGAAAUAUUCGCGUCUUCUGUAGAGUGCGGCCUCCAACAGCAGAGGAUAGCCGCCAUCUAGCCCAAAUCAAGUAUUACGGUGAAGACGGUGAGAAAAUAGAGCUCACCGAAACGCUACAGAGUACUCUUGGCAAGAAGACGGAUAAGAGCCAUCCGUUCGUUUUUGACCAAGUAUUUUCCCCAGAAAAAAACCAGCAGGAAGUCUUUGAGGAGAUCUCACAGUUAGUCCAGUCUGCAUUAGAUGGCUAUAAUGUUUGUAUUUUCGCCUAUGGGCAAACCGGAAGUGGCAAAACAUACACGAUGCAAGGGCCUUCGGGACCAAACACCGAAUCUGCUGGUAUGAUACCCCGUGCUGUACAGCAAAUCUACGAAGUAACGCAAAAGCUCGGAGAACGAGGAUGGAAAUAUACAAUGGAAGGGCAAUUCCUCGAGAUAUAUAACGAGACCGUGCACGAUUUGCUUGGCGACACUUCGAACUACGGCAAGAUCAAGCAUGAAAUCAGACACGAAAAGAGCGGAAGAACCAUUGUCACUGAUAUGACGACAGUAAUCCUGGACUCCCCCGCCAAAGUGAAUAUGAUGCUUCGAAAAGCCAGCCACAACCGAGCAACCGGUGCAACCAAUUUGAACGAGCGUUCAUCUCGUAGCCAUAGUGUGUUCACUUUGCGAUUAACCGGAAGCAACUCCACCACAAACGAACGAUCCUCGGGUGUCCUGAAUCUCAUCGACCUAGCUGGUUCGGAACGGUUAGCACUGUCGGGAUCAACUGGUGAUCGGUUACGAGAAACCCAGGCAAUCAACAAGAGUCUCAGUUGCCUUGGCGAUGUCAUACAUGCCCUUGCCAAUAACAAGGAUGGUAGUGGUCAUGUACCUUUCCGGAAUUCAAAAUUGACCUAUCUAUUGCAGAAUUCACUAGGUGGCAACAGCAAAACACUUAUGUUUGUCAAUAUCUCGCCACUAAAUGAACAUUUCGGCGAAACCCUCUGUUCCUUACGGUUUGCGACAAAGGUGAAUUCUUGUCGAAUCGGCACAGCAAAGAAGCUUCGUGCAUAG